AUGGCUCUCAAUUCAAAGUCAAAAUGGCGAAAGAUUUCUGGGGACGGCAACGAUGGUUCGUCCGUUAGAAAUGUGCUAAUUUCCGACGCGGAACCCGAACUGUGUGUUAAGCUUUUAGAAACACCGUCGCUUAAGAACUUUUCAGGACUUCGAGCCCGUCUAGAGAAAGCAAACAAAGAAUGGCUGAACGAAUUUCUAAACCUCGGAGGAAUGAGCUGUUUGUUAGACGGCCUCUCAUCUUUAUCAUCUGGGGACAGGCAGAACCGUUUCAUUGAGGCCCUUGAUCAAAUCGAAUGCGUUCGAUGCAUAAAAGCUGUAAUGAAUUCACCAGUCGGUUUGGCUAUUAUGACCGCGAGCAAUGAAUUAACUAGAUCUUUGGUAAAAGGUAAGAUUCUA